AUGGCAAAACUCGGCGUGCUCGCACUCACCUUCGCCGCGCUUAUCGCAUGUACCUCGGUUUCCGCCUUUAGAACAACCUUCUUCACCACCACCAUCGAGGAUGACGACAACCUCGUGUUCACAAGAAGCUCCCGAGAGCAACAGAGUUGCCGCAAGGAAAUCCAGCCGGAGCAGUUAAACGACUGCCAGAAGUACCUAGAGCAAAACUCCCCGUACGCCGGCGAGGUGCUGGAGAUGACCGUCGAGGACCCGAGAAAACAGCACGAAAAGAAACAACUUGAGCAGUGCUGCAGAGAGCUCCGCAAUGUCAAAGAGGAGUGCCAGUGUGAGGCUGUGCAGGAGGCUUUCCGGCAAGCCGAGAAGCAGCAGCAGCAGGGUGGAAGCCGCCAUGGUUCGCAGCAGGAACGGCAACAACGGCAGAUUCUGCAGAAAGCUCAAAACCUCCCAAGUGAAUGUCGUUUGAAAGUUCAGCAAUGCCGGAUCCGAUCUCCAUGGAUCUAA